UUAUUCCUUUGCCUUUCAUACACUUGAUACAGAUAAAUACAAAUUACAUAUAAAUGGCAGCAUAUACUUAUACUUGUUCAGCUGUCUUAUUUCUGCUUUUCUUCACAUACUCUCAUUUUGGAGCAUUUGCAGCACAAUACAAUGUGGUCACUUUAGGAGCAACACCAGAUGGCAACACUGACUCAACUAAGGCCUUCAUGGCUGCAUGGGCUCAGGCUUGUGGCUCCACAAGCCCAGCCACCAUUUAUGUCCCCAAAGGAAGUUUCUUGCUUGGCAAUUUGGAUUUGAAGGGUCCUUGCAAGAAUACUGCCAUUGUUGUCCAAAUUGAUGGUACACUUGUGGCUCCUUCUGACUUGAAUGCUGACAAUUGGGUCAUCUUCAGGGAUGUCAGUGGUGUCACCGUCUCUGGAGGGACACUCGACGGCCAAGGCUCAUCCUUGUGGGCUUGCAAGGCUUCCGGGAAGAGCUGUAACCAAGGCGCUACGUCACUGGAAUUCACAAAUUCAGACAACAUAGUGAUCGGAGGAUUAACAUCCUUAAACAGCAAAAUGUUCCACAUUGUCAUCAAUGGCUGCCACAAUGUGAAAUUGCAAGGAGUAAAGGUGUCCGCCUCAGGAAAUAGCCCAAACACUGACGGUAUUCACGUCCAGAGAUCCACCGGCGUCACAAUCUCAAAUGCCAGGAUUGCAACUGGUGACGAUUGUGUCUCCGUUGGCCCUGGCACCACCAACCUCUGGAUUGAAAACGUCGCUUGUGGCCCUGGUCAUGGCAUUAGUAUUGGAAGUUUAGGAAAGGAGGCUCAAGAGGCUGGGGUACAGAAUGUGACAGUAACCGGUGCUCAAUUCAGUGGAACAGAGAAUGGAGUGAGAAUCAAGUCUUGGGGAAGAGCAAGUAAUGGCUUUGCUAGGAACAUUUUGUUCCAACAUUGCACCAUGACCAGUGUUCAAAACCCGAUUGUCAUCGAUCAAAAUUAUUGCCCUGACGACAAAGGUUGUCCCGGAGAGGCUUCUGGAGUUAAGAUAAGCGAUGUGGUGUACCAAGACAUCCAUGGAUCGUCGGCGACAGAGGUUGCAGUGAAGUUGGAUUGUAGCAACAAGAACCCAUGUAGUGGUAUUACAAUGGAGGAUGUGAAGCUUACUUACAUGAACAAACCAGCUCAAGCCUCCUGUGUUAAUGCUGGUGGAACUGACUCUGGUCCUGUUCAGCCUGCUUGUAAGGGAGUUUAAUAAUAAAUAUCUAUGUACUACCAUACAUGUAUACAACAAUGAGUAUGUACUAGUACUAUUAGGAACGGACCUUAUUGCUUGAGCCUGUGGUGUUAUGGGCCUCGUUCUGGGCUUUCAUUGUAACCUGGCCUUGCAACUUUACACUUAAUUGAUGAAUAAUCUUUGCUUCUA